GUCCCAAGCCUCAACGCAUCGUGGACUCGUCGUCCUCGGCGUCGCAGCUUUUCGUCAAUCGGGUGCCGCGCGCCGCCCAAAACCCCCAGGACACCAGCCUCAUCCAAAACCCUACUCCCCCGCCCCACGCCAUGCUUCAUUCCGGCCUCGCCAAGUCCCAACCUCUCCCGCUCCUCGCGGCGGCGUCUUCGCCGCGGCGCACCUUCCUCGCCGGCCUUCUCCGCGUAGCGUGCUUCUCCAGGCCUGCGGCCUCCUCACCCGCGUUUCAUCCGGUUACCACCGUCCCCACCCGUGCGAGCAUCAGAGCGGCGGCUACCCCGGCCGGUCCCUCGCGGCUGGGGCUGGGAGGUAGGGUUUCGUUCUCCUCCGCACCGGAUGGUGCCGCAUCGGUCGACGGCGGGAGCUCGCUCCCUUGGCUCACCGCCGCUAGUCGCGAUAGUGGGGUCCCCGCGCCGAGGUCUAGUACCAGCCGCUCCUCCUCGUGGGAGACCUCCGCCGAUAAGUACUUCUCCAGAGGCGACCAAAGCGCGCGAGGCGAGGUAUUGACGGAUCGGGUUUCGGGCGCGGAGGUAAUUAGAGAAGAAGAGGGCAAUGACUCGAUUGACAAUCCGAAGUGGGGCAGGAUCAAGGACAAGUAUCGGCGGAUGGUACCGAGGGAUAGAGGGUCUCGUGGUGAGAGAUUUAGAGGGGAGAGAUUUGACAAGCCAGAGGUUAGGCAGUGGAGCAGGCAGGAGAACUGGGGGAGGAAGACAUGGAAGGAGGCAGGGGAAUCGACAGUACCAAAGAUGAUUGGGCAGGGGGUUUAUGGGGUUGGCCCAGUCCUUGCAGCACUCAUGGCUGGGAGGAGGGAGUUCUACGCGAUGUAUAUGCAGGAAGGGAUGAAUUUGAGUGGGAGCAACAAGAAGAAGAAGGACAAGAAGGCGAUCGAGAAAGUGUUGCAACUGGCAGAGAGUAUUGGGCUGAAAAUUAUCGAAGCAUCAAAGCAUGAUCUUAACAUGGUGGUGGAUAACCGUCCACACCAGGGCCUUGUACUUGAUGCAUCACCCUUGGAAAUGGUGAACACUAAAGAGUUGGAGCCAGUCAAGGUGGACGGUGGAAAGGCCCCUGUAUGGAUAGCUUUGGAUGAGGUUAUGGAUCCUCAGAACCUAGGAGCCAUAAUUAGAUCUGCCUACUUCUUUGGCGCGGAAGGUGUUGUGUUAUGUGCUAAGAACUCUGCUCCACUAAGUGGAGUAGUGAGCAAAGCUAGUGCAGGCUCACUUGAGUUGAUUGAGCUGCUCUCUUGCAGGAACAUGAUGCAAUUCUUGUCUUCAUCGGCUGAAAAUGGGUGGCGAGUUCUUGGUGGUACUGUUGCUCCUAAAGCUGUACCUCUAACUGAAGUUGUGCCAGGAGAACCAACAAUCCUUGUGUUGGGUAGUGAAGGCACUGGUUUGAGGCCCCUGGUUGAGCGAUCUUGCACACAUUUGGUCAGAAUUCCGGGUAAUGUUGAUGGAUCUUUUGUAGGAGCAGAUACAGAGACAGAUGGAGGGGAAGAAGGUGAUAAUUAUUCAGGAAAUCAAGAUAUGAAAUCAUUCCUUGCAGUAGAGAGCUUGAAUGUAAGUGUUGCAGCAGGAGUUUUGCUAUAUCAUCUCACUGGAGCAAAUGCUUCCGAUGUCUCUUGAUUCAUCCAUCUAUAUCGUAAUUAUUUAUGUUAGUUCUCUUU